ACCGCGCUGGGCUGUUUGAUAUCUUAUCGCCGUUGCCUUUGCGUGUGUGCCGCGGUUUGUCACGCCGCUGGCGUAAAAACGGGCUUUAAAACGGGUGCUGGCGAUUACACUUUCAACCAUACCAAACACUAAGUUUGCAACUUUCUUGGCGCGAAAAUGGGACCUCGCAAUGACGGCUGCAAGUUCGACCCCGAUUUAAUCGCCGGAGUGGAGGUCAACCUGCCGGCAACGUUGCGGCGGGCUUCACUGCUUGGCACACAUCGAUGUGUGAAGAAGGAAUUUCAGGCGGGUUGGCUGUUACGUGCCAUCACGUGCAUCGAUUUGACCACACUGUCGGGAGACGAUACCUACAGCAACGUGUAUCGACUCUGCUCCAAGGCCUCUCAUCCUCUCAGGGAGGACAUCCUCAAAGUUCUUGAUGUGCCUAAGGAAGACGUCACAACUGGAGCUGCAUGUGUCUACCCGGCAAGAGUAUCCGACUGUGUGAAAGCAUUCCAGGCUAUUCGGCCUCCCAAAAACAUUCCGAUAGCUGCUGUGGCAACUGGAUUUCCUUCCGGCCAGUAUUCACUGCUGACUAGACUACAGGAAAUAGAAUAUGCGGUGGAGUCUGGUGCCAGUGAAAUUGACAUUGUCAUUAACCGUACUGCAGCAUUGACAGGAGACUGGGAAACUGUUUACAAUGAAGUUUGUGCCAUGAAGAAAGCAUGUGGAGAGGCCCACCUAAAAACAAUCCUAGCCACAGGAGAGCUGGGAUCACUUCGAAAUGUUUACACUGCCAGCAUGGUCUGCAUGAUGGCUGGAGCUGAUUUUAUAAAGACUUCAACUGGAAAAGAAGGAGUCAAUGCUAUCCUGCCUGUUGGAAUCACAAUGGCUAAGGGCAAUAUGGGACUACUUACACGGACUACCAAAAUCAAGGUCGGAUUUAAGCCCGCAGGGGGCAUCAGAACAGCUAAAGAUGUGCUGCUCUGGCAGUUUCUCAUGAAGGAGGAGCUGGGAGAUGAUUGGCUUUUCCCUGACCUGUUCCGCAUUGGUGCAAGCGGACUGUUGGGCGACAUUGAGCGCCAACUUUUCCACUAUGCUACAAAGCGCUACGCCUCACUUAGCGAAAUGCCUGCUUGUUAGUUGUGCUAAGAAAAGAUUACAUAGUGGCAGUAUUUCAUGUAGUUUCCUUGCAUCUUUAGGAUGCAGGAAGUUUCGUGUGCCUUCCAUUCCUACCUGUUCACAGUUGAUUUAGUUGUGUUACUGUUCUAGAAAAGUUAUUUGGUCUUGUUUUCUGUGUGCUGUUACACAAAAGUUUGUCAAAUGUCCUUGCAACAGAAAAAGUGUAUAACAACUCGGUUUCCUCAUGCCUAGAAAACUAAUACACUGAAUAUCAGUUGCAUACAAUACCAGUACAUUCAGAAAAUCGGAAUUUCUGGUUACGAAAUCUGUCUUGUUGAACGUUAUUUCAAAGGCUUCUUAUGCUAACUGUAAAGGAUGUAGACCAGUGUCAGUGUGACAUUCAAGCAUGCUGUUUUAGAACAUAGUAUUUCUGCUGUGUAUAAGUGAAAUGUUAAUCUUUCUUGUAGGCUCUAUUUCAAAGCAAAUUUGUUUUCUAUCUAAAGCUGUCAGUUCAAAUCGAAGAUAGCCAACAUAGACUUCAGUUGGGCGAGAAAACAGCUGGCACAAGAAUUCACCGAAUGAAUUCGCACCUGUUAAAGUACCUGAAGUGGCAAUAAAAUACCUUUAGUUUUGUAAGGACAAAUGUCGCUAUUAUCUUGGAUAAACAUAUUUGCAACAUUCAUGGCUGCUGCUGGUUAAGAUGCUCUGCCGCUUAUCCAAAAGGCACAGCUUCAAUUCAGUUGUGGUGAUCACAUUUAUAUGAAGGCCCAUGUAAGUACGAUGUGAAUGAAUGUUGAAGAACUUAUGGUGGUUACUAUUAGAGACCACUAGCUUGUACGCAUGCUUUGAAACGUUUCCGUGUUACCGCAAUACUUGGCUGAAUUUACCGUAACACAUGUUUGAGCAAAGUCCUAGCUCCCCAUGCGCAAAUGUUUACGUACGUACGUAAAGGUGCAUAUCUUUACACCUGCUAAAACCACGAAAUGAUGAAGAUAACACCAUUUAAACUCGAUUUGAUUUAGAUAAGAUUUAAUCAUUGCUUCAGCAAAAUAAUGAGAGGUUUUUAGUAUGUUCAAUGUCUUGAUAUAUGCAAAAAGUGUAACAGUACCCAGUUAACAUUUUAUGAUGCUUCGUGCAAUCACAUUAAUGCUCACAUUUGUUAUUGCUUAGUCGCCCUACUGUUUAUCAAGGAAAAAUAAUCAUAAAGACAACACAUUCGUAUAUUUAUACUGCUGCAAGGCAUAUACAUACAAAAAGUGUAAUGCACGAUGCUUCUGCA